CGGGAAUCAGGGUUUUGGCUGGACAUUCACGCCUCUUGGAACUCCCGAAAUCCCCCAGAGUCGGCCUCGACGCAAUGCCACCAUCCUCAUUGACUCUGAGGCCUGCUGGAGAAAAACACGCUGCAUCCUACCAGCCUGCCAGUACAGCACACAGUUUAAGUUUGCCACCUCAGAAAUCAUCAUCCCGGAAGCAGCCGUCCGCCGGGGUAGUGACAACGAGCACCACCGUGGCGGGCAAAACAACCGCCCGCAUCACGACCACAGCAACCGCUUGUCCAGCAGCCGCGGCCGCGAAUGCAACGCUCCGAUCCCGCCAUCCCUUACGACUGCACGACCAAAAUGCCACGUCGGUACUGCGGACUGUGAAGCCAGGAACCGAGACAGCCACAUCCCUCCCGUCGACCGAGGCCAGGAUGCCAUCAUAUGAGCGGUCAUCUGUCGCCGGACAUCGGCAGCCGACGGUUGGGCGUGCCGUAAACAAACCGCCCCUGACCCCGAAGAUUGCCGCACGAACACCGGCCCCUCAACACCAAGCCCCGAUGCUUGCAACAACACCGCUGGCUCGACGUUCUGCCGACUCGACCCUGAGCGUUAACGUUAACGGCAGCCGCGACCGAGACGAAUUAGCUUCUCCGGUUCCAGCCUUCCUUAGCAACAACGUCACCCCGCGGUCCGGCUCAAGGCAGAGCCGCAUCGACAGUGCUAACAGCACCCCGAAUGGCACGCCCAACCCCGAUCGUCAAGAUCCGUUCGAGACGCGGUCAAGCUUGACCAAUGCCGGCACAGAUGACGUGCAGAGGAGGCCAGUGGUGACCUUGAGCUCUCCUUCCGAUGCCGGAAGCGGGACCCGACAAGAUCGAGACUCCAAGUUCUUUUAUGCGUCUGAUGCUCAGAAGCUGGCAUCGCAACCGACAGCUACGAGACCAGCUGCUCUUCAGCAGGCAAAACCCGCAACAUUCUUCUACGCGAAUGGGAGUACCCUAUUGGAGCAGGAGAACGGCUCUCCCAGACCGUUCUCCCCGCCACUGGCAUCACCCUCCCUCCAGGACAGCUUGGAGAGCAAGUUUGUCUACGCCAAUGGAAGCCCCGGAUUGCAGCCGCCGGCAACGAUUGGGCCGUCGACACGAAAAUCCUCCGGCUCGGUUGUUUCUACGGCGUCCAAGGCACCGACAAGCAGGCUAUCAAACGCUCCGAGAGCUCUAUCGCCUGUAAAAUCGCCUCAACAGGCUGCACCCAGGAACGUCAACUCUGCCACCAUCACGCCCCGAUCCCCCGUCACUCCAGCCGGCCCCCAGGUCAUCAAUCAGCUAAACCAAGGGAAAGUGGACGAAGCUCCUUGCCGACCAAGGUCGCAAAUCUACAUAAAAGGCUCCACUACCGUCGAGCCGCCUGUCACCGCAAAACGCCUGUCGGCUCAGGGCUCUCUUCCGUCUCUCCCGUCCUCAGGAAACACCUCUCCCUUACUCUCCCCACAACCAGGGUUGGCCCCCCCAAAUCCGGUGAACGCUGGAUUCGCGUCCAUAUCUCAGGCUGCCGAAGACUUGGCCGGGCCAGACGAGGACCAGACCCAGCCCCUGAAUAGUCCGACGAAGACGUCCCAAGAAGCGCAAGUGACAGAGCUGGUCGCCAAUGCACGGCGAGAGCGCAAGGUGCAGGACCUGGAGAUCACAAAUGCUAGCCUAGAGGCGAUCAAUCGCACGCUUGAGAGGCAGCUCAGAAAACAGACAGCCGAGCUACGCCGCUACCAGCGGCUCUCCAGGUCCGGGCUUUUAAGCUUUGGUUCUAUGGGUAGCCGGAUCCCCUCGGAUUCAGCCGCUGAGGGAGGCAGUCUAGGAAGGACCGGUAUGGACUCGGACGAUUUCAGCGAUGAACAAAGCGAGAUCGAAGCUGAGAAGGCUGAACUGGAAGAACUCGAACGGCUGGGCAAUGAGGAUGAAUCGUCGAGCUCAGAGGUCUCAGAGGAGGCCAGUACUAAUGCAGUCGAGCUACGCCGCGAGAAGCGACGAAGAGACGAGCGGCGUCUCGAGCUGGAUCUCUCCAAACACCGGCAGCUGCUUGUUGACAGCCAGAAGAUCAAUCAAAGUCUCAAACGGUGCCUUGGAUGGACCGAGGAGCUAAUCAAAGAGGGCAAGCGUGCGCUUGCGUACCAAGUCCGGGCCAGCGAUGUCGAGCUAGGCGGAAGAGUGCUGGCUCCGGAGGAGGUAGAAAGACGCGAGCGUGGUGAUGAUGGGACCGAAGAUAACACGCUGGAUGAGGAUGCUAUUUAUGCGAUAGACGCGUUGGGCGGCGGCUCUCUUGCUGAUGCUGAUACGUCGGCCACGUGGAGUACCAAAGACCCGCAAGACAGAGAUAGCGGGAUUGAACUGCCCGCAGAUGGCGGGUAGAAGAGAUGGAAGAAUGCCAGCGCGGCCGACAGGUGGCGGCUGGCCACUCGAGCACGCGAUGCCAUACACUCGCCACUCACG